UUUACACAAAGGAAAGUUAAAAUUAUGAAAAUAUAACAAUAUGAAACUUUUUUGAAGGACUAUAUCAAAUAACAUUAUUUCUUUUUAACUUCAUUUUGGAUUGUUCUAGAAAAAAUAAGUUUUCUUUUAUUUUAAUCAGAAUUAAGUUUUUCCAAAAAGGGUAAAUUUCCUGCAGUUUUUACAAUGAGUUACCAGCCUAUAGUGAUUAAAAAGCAACAUAGCUUUUAUGCUUGUGACUCACCGCGUAUCAAAAUUACGAAUAAUACAUGGAAAUCCGAUGUCAAUAUUUUACAAUUAAAUCGUGAUGUACAAAGCAAGAGGUCCGAAGAAUAUUACAAAAAAUACGAGCUUGAUGAAAUACCAGUUAAGGAUGAUUGCAGUUUUAACGAUCAUUCGUUCAGUGAGGGAUACGACUCUGGGACAGGGGACAAUAAGGAUUCAAUAACUAAUUCUGACCUCGACAAGUUAGAACUGAAAAUUAUGACUAGAAUGUCGCAGGAGCUACUAACAGAUACAAGCACCGUCAGCAGCUUGGAUUCCAACUUGAAACUAUUUAAAACAACCGUUCAACAAAUAUUUGAUAAUUUUCACGACAGCAUGUGUGAUUUUGAAGAUUACAAGAAAAGAUUCAACGAAAUAAUGCAAAAGAAUAAAGGUGAUUCUGUGACUGAGCUCGAGGAGUUCAUAGGCACUAUGUUACACAACAUCCGCUCUUCGGAGAUGUCUGUGACCAAUAACAAGACUACAAAAGGGACAGAUAGAAAUAAUGAGGUUAUCUGUCCCGAGGACUAUGAAAAUAAUCAAGAAAUCUUGACAGUCAACAACAGCUCUACGGAUAUUAAUGGUUUUGAGUAUAGACCCAGUUCAAAUACCGCGUCGGAUAGCGGCAUGUUAAACACUUGUCUCGUCAGCGAGUUUCCUUGUCUAGAAGUGAGAAUAACAGAACGUAAUAUAAUCUCUGAAAGAAAUUUUCGCGAGCCAUUUUUGAAUGAUAUAGGAAACUUGGCUUCAGCGGAUAAUAUAAAAAUUCUUGCAGCCAAAAAUAUCGAAAUAGAAAAAUAUACCACUGAACAGGACCAUUACAAUGUAUACGACACAAAACUGGACAGGGACAUUCCUGUCAAAAACUCGUGUGCUAUGAAAGAUAUCCAUUUAAAUGAGAACUUCGUCAACGACAAAGACAAGGACGAGAAUAAGUUUUUCAUGUUCAAGAUCUGUAGCUACAUAUGCAAGAAGCUUCGUAAGAUGUGAUGCUGAAUAAAUAUGAUAUCGUUUAAAA